CUUCAUUACGUUAGCAGUGUCUCUCCAGACUCAGUGGGUGAAUGGCUUCACAGGUCAUGAAGAAGGAAGGUAAAUAAAGAAAGGGGCGCUAAAGGUGUCCGACGUUUGCUGGAAGAUUUUCUUAUUUUAACGGAGUAGAAACAGGAGACGAACAAGGCGUGGAUAGAUAUCCCGGAGCUGAGCUACCGUCGUUGGGCUUCACCCGGAGCUGUCGGCGCUUUUAGGAGAUCUGGUUAGCCUUGCCUCAUCCUUGUGUUGCCAUGGCGAUGCGGGAGUUGGUGGAGGCAGAAUGUGGGGGAGCCAAUCCUCUCAUGAAGUUGAAGAGUCACAUGACCAAAGAGGACGGGGCAUGGCGGCACCGCUCAACGCCGACAAUUCCUCCUACUCCCAUUGAAAUUGCAACAGAAGAAGAGCUUGUGAGUGAGUUUCUUCAAGCUCCACCUCGACCUCCACAUACAUUUGACAUGGGUCAGCUCUUAGAGGAAAUGCAGCAGAUUGACCAACAGAGCUACAGACAAGCUCCACAGAGAGCACCAGAUGUGGCAGCGCUGGCCCUCUCAGGCGACUGGGCUGCAGAGUUUGUCUCAGGGUCUGACUCUGCUGCUGCCACCAAUGCUCUUGGUGAAGCGGUGGAUUCUGAUUGGACGAGGGAAUUUAUCGCUGAAGCUGCAGAUCCAGGACGCUGGGCAGAGGAGUAUCUGGAGCAGUCUGAGGAGAAGCUGUGGCUCGGGGACCUUGGAGACAAGGAGACCGAAUGGACGAAGGAGUAUCAGCCUGGAGAUGAACUGAGGCAGACGGCCAAUGAGCUCGUUUCAAAGGUUGAUGACCCAAAGUUACAAAACACAGAGUUCCUGCGAUUCAUUAGGCAGAUUGGCGAGGGCAGUGUGACAGUGGAGAGCAGAACAGACAGACAGCUCACAGAUAAAGUUCAGGCCGAGGAGGCUCAGAACUGGGCCUCCAACCUCAACCAGGUGUCAGAGGAGUCAGCUGAAGCCUGGGUGGACGAGUUCACCACAGUGGGGCCAGAUUUUCAACAAGCCAAAGCUGCAGUGGAGAGUGAUGUUGAUUUCUGGGAGAAGCUGCAGCAGGAGUGGGAGGAGAUGGCCAAGAGAGAUGCAGAAAGUCAUCCAUGGUUGUCUGACUACGACCAGCUGCUUAGCUCCUCUUAUGAUAAGGGGUAUCAGUUUGAAGAGGAGAACCCCUACCUAUCCCACCCAGACCCUUUCUCAGAGGGUCUAAAGAGGAUGGAGGCGGGUGACAUCCCAGGAGCUGUGCGCUUCUUUGAAAGUGCUGUUCAGAAGGAACCAGACAACCAGCUGGCUUGGCAAUAUCUGGGAACCUGCCAAGCAGAGAAUGAGCAGGAAUUUGCUGCUAUCAGCGCCCUCCGAAGAUGUAUAGACCUGAAGAAGGACAACCUGACUGCCCUUAUGGCUUUGGCUGUCAGUUUCACUAAUGAAUCGCUGCACAGGCAGGCCUGUGAGACGUUACGGGACUGGCUGAAGCACAAUCCAAAAUAUCAGUCUGUGUGGGAGCAGUACGAGCGGGAUCGCCAAAGGGAUGGCGGUCAGGAGAGAGAAAAAGAAAAGGAAAGGUUUGGAUCCUUGUUGCCUGAAUCAUUGUUCACUGAUGUCCAGAAUCUGUUCCUAUGUGCAGCCAACUCUGACCCUUCUCAGGUGGACCCCCAAUUGCAGUGUGGUCUGGGAGUUCUUUUCAACCUGAGCGGAGAGUACGACAAAGCGGUGGAUUGUUUCAGUGCUGCUCUCUCUGUCACUCCUCAGGAUUACCUGUUGUGGAACAAGUUGGGUGCUACACUAGCCAAUGGUAGCCGCUCAGAGGAGGCAGUGGCCGCCUACAGGAGAGCUUUGGAACUGCAGCCGGGUUUUGUCCGCAGUCGCUAUAACUUGGGAAUCAGCUGCGUUAAUUUAGGCGCUCACAGAGAAGCCGUGGAACACUUUCUGGAAGCGCUCUCUCUCCAGCGACAGGCUGCAGGAGAUGGAGCGAGAGCAGCGAGGGGACCCGGAGGCGCAGCAGCAGUGGUGAUGUCUGACAACAUCUGGUCCACGCUACGGAUGGCUCUCAGCAUGAUGGGAGAGAGCUCUUUGUACGCUGCAGCCGACCGAAGAGACUUGGACACGUUGCUGGCUCAUUUUAACCAGAGAGAGGUGGAGGGUGGAAGUGAAUGAGAACUAAUCAGGCGGGGGUUUAUUGAGUGUGAAUGUGCUCAGAUGGGAGGUCAGUGUUUGGGUGAAGCAAAAAUGUGGAAAUAAAUUGGACACGGGGACACUGACAUCAGAGAUGUUAGAGCUUCACGUGUUUUAAAUGAGUACUAUAAUGCAGUAUCAGUCUCCAGCUAGG